AGCAUACAAAUGGCGUGUGUAUAUUUUAUUAAUUUAAAAAUCAUAUUUCUAUAGUAAUCUAUUAUUAUUAGAGUGUUUAAGUGGCAGAAAUCAUUAAAAUUCUAUUAAAGAAUAUAAUAAUGAAUCGUUUGUGUUAAUGAACUAUUUCACAGAAAACUUUACUUGUAUAUUCAAAUCGGAGUUUUCAUUUUUAACAAUGAAUGCAAAUAUUUGAUUAAUAGUUUGCUUUCAGACGCUUACAGUGUUAGAUUUACCUGUGUAGGAACUAGCUAUGUAUAACAAUAAUCAAAUUCCACAAUAUACCAAUACAGGGUAUCAUAAUACCUACAACCAGUAUCCUGAGAACUAUUCUCAUAAUUAUGGAUAUCAAAAUUAUGGCGGGUAUGAGAAUCAGAUGUCACAACCUCCUCCUCCAAUUGUUCAACUGACACCAGCAUCUCAAGCACAAAUUUCUAACCAAGGAAAUUUACAAACCAAUGACUGGAGUAGAAGCAACUACCGUAGUGACAAAGAGGGCGGUUUGGCGGAAGAAACUCAGCUACACAACAGUCAAAUUAUCAAGCAACGGGAAGACUAUGUGAAGAAAGCUUCCGUGCUUAAAAAUGAGCUCGACCAGCUGCAGAAACAGCAACAGGAGAUGUAUGAAAAAUCACACAAACAUCAUGAUUUCGAAAACAUUUUGCUCCAGAAUUCUAAGUUACAGGACGAAGUUCAAGGUAAACUCAAAGCCAUACAAAACGUUAUUCAGAUGUUGUCUGGUAUUAUAAAAGACGGCAAAUCUCUGAACGAUCUCGAAUCUGAGAUAUUCAACCCCGACAAAUCCGUAACUCAAUCAAUGUUAUCUUCGAGUAAAUAUUCAGAUUAUCCAGAAAGUACUUCUACAGUUCAGACAUCGGAAACAUUGUUACACGACAAAUAUUCAGACGAGAACGUUUGUUACACGCACUACGACACCGGUUUGCAUUGGUGUCGCACUUGUGACGAAUUUCCACAAACGGCCAAAGACUUCUUGCUGCAUCUGCAAGAUAAGAAACACCAACAGAUGAAGAAGCACGAUAAGGUGGAUAGUACGCCUUGGCAUAAGCUGCCGCCCGAACCGUUGCUGCCGUCUGACGAAAAUGCGCCCAAGAAACGUAUUCCCAUCAAAGGUCUGCAAUUCUUCGUAUCAGCCCCAUCGUGGUACUGCCGAUUAUGCGACGUUUGGAUCGGUGAUUUGCAUUGCGCUUCCCAUCAUUUAAAAUCGAAAAUUCAUCAUCAAAACUUUGAGAUAUUCACGACUCAAAAUCCACAUUGGGAAAUGGAAUGGCUGAAAGAUCGGGAAAAGUCCAUGACCAGAAAAAGAGAUGAAGCUUCUUCCUCUUCCGAUUCCGACGACGAUUCUUCAGGCCGGAAAUACAAAAAGAAAACUAGCGAAAGUUCAUCAGCCAAAGAAAAAAAGAAGAAAAAGAAGUCGAAAAAGAAGAAAAAAUCGGCGAAAUCUUCUGAUUCUAGUUCCAGCUCUUCGAGUUCAGAUAGUUCGGAUAACGAUCGUUCCAAGAGUAUCAGAGUCGCCAUGCGAAACAUGAAUAACCUUUCGGAGAAAUGGAGUGCGCUGGAGAGGAUAGUCGAAGAGCACAAAAAGAAGGAUUUAAUGGAAAAGGAGGAAAAGGACAAGGUUCCGGAUUCUUCAGAGGAUCACCUAAUCAAUCAGUGGAUGGCAGUAUCUGAACCUCCAGCUAAGGAAAAACUUUUAUUAAUGUCUUUGAAAGAUCGAAUGCGAGAAAAGAAAGAACAAGAGCAAAUGCGAAUUGCGGAACUAGAGAAACUUCGACUGCAGAAAGAGCAAGAGGAGCUCGAGCGUUUAGAACGGAAAAAACGUGACGACAGACGUGUUAUAGUCGAAGCCGAGAUACUGAAAAAACAAAGAGAACAGGAAGAAAUCCAAAAGAUGAAAGAUAUUCAGCUUAGGUUUAAAGCAAACAAUUACCGGAAGAGAAAAUCUCGAUCGCCUACUGAAGAAGACGUUUCAGAGAAUUACGAAAAGAAGGAGAGGAGGUCGCACGAAAGUCGAAGUGUGAGCAGGGACCGAGAAAUCGAAGAAGGUAAGAACGAGGAAGGCGAUAAAAGAAAACCUCCUGGACCGCCGAGUUACAAAAAGUUGCCCUUUAUAGGACGCAUGCCUCUGUUCAAGAACAAAUCCAAACAGGUUAUUGAAGAAAAAGAGGAACCGAAAGAACUUAAGAAGCAAUCCUACGAACCGCAACGGAAAACCCGUUUUGAACCCGGAAACCUUCCGAAAGCUUAUAUCCCCAAACCCGAAGUCGUCUGUUUUCCCAAAUUAUCUUCGAUCCCUCCCUUGACACUUCCCCCUCCACCGCCGACCGUCGAUGAAUACGUCGCUAUUCCAAAAGCGCCGAAAAUCAGUGCGGUACCAAAAAAGAAGAAAGUUCCAAAAGCGCCAUCUCCACCGAAAAUCGUAGAGACUUUCAAUGAAUAUGAUCUGUACGAAACAGGAAUGCCAAAUUCAAACAUGAUGAACGAGUACUAUGCCAAUUAUAGGAACAACCAAUACGAACACUUCCGUGUUCGUACCCUCGCGUACACGCAGCCUCAGGAACAGGUGCCACCACUGUCACACUCCAUGCCUUUGCAACCACCACCUUUACCCGAUGACGAUUUGGCUUUGUUGGGCAUAUGUGCGGACGAUAUGGCCGCGCAGUCAUUUUAACUAGGAUUUUUUUUAUUUAAAGUAUUGUGAAAAAUUAGCAGGAAAUACAAUUAUAAGUUAU